AUGGCUACAAAGGUUGAGGAUGAUAGUAAGCCACGCUUGAAUGCUUGCUUUAUAGGGCAUGUAGACUCUGGGAAGAGCACCACGGUCGGGAUGCUUUCAUACCAGCUGGGAGCAGUUGAUAAGAGGGAGAUGGAGAAGUAUGAGAAGGAGGCAGCUCUGAACAACAAGGAGACGUUCUAUCUUGCAUACUUGACCGACAAGACCGAUGCAGAGAGGAAGAGAGGGAUUACGAUUACCACGACUCUUGUCAACCUCCCCACCGAGAAGUUCAACAUCAACAUUCUUGACUGCCCUGGACACAAGGACUUUGUGAAGAACAUGGUGACGGGGGCAUCGCAGGCUGAUGUUGCGGUGGUGAUUGUUCCAGCAUCUGGGUUUGAGUCCUGUGUAGGCGUUGGGGGGAUGCUGAAGACACACAUUAUGAUUUCUGGGAUUCUUGGAUGUGAAAAGUUGAUUGUGUGCGUCAACAAGAUGGACGAGAUUCCAGAGAACAAGAGGAUGGAGAAGUUCAAUGAGGUGUCUGCCGAGAUGCUCAGGAUUGUCAAGAGAAGUCAUAAGGACAAGAACCCCAUUAUUAUUCCGAUAUCCGCAUUCAAGGGAAUCAACCUGACGAAGAAGGGGGAGAAGUUUGAGUGGUUCAAGGGAUGGAAGGAGAAGGAGGGGUCCUCUGUGAUAUACACCCUUGAGGAGGCGCUGAACUACCAGGAUGUGCCUGAGAGGCACAACGACAAGCCUCUCCGCAUGCCGAUUACCAAGGUCUGCUCGAUUGCCGGGGUGGGAAAGAUCUUCACCGGGCGUGUUGAGUAUGGAACCAUCACCCCGAACCUCAAGAUCACGAUUCAGCCUGCCGGGGUGGUUGGAGAGACUAGGUCUGUUGAGAUCCACAACAAGCCAAGAUCCAUGAUUCCAUGUGGAGAGAACUGCGGUGUUGCACUCAAGGGAGGUGUGAUUGGAGAGAUUGACAAGGUGGAUGCAGGCCAUGUAAUUUCUGCCAACGAUGAGAACAAGGCCGUGGCCUAUCCCGGGGCAAAGAUCAGAACGAUUGUUGUUGGAAGACCAAAGGGGCUGUCUCCUGGAUACACGCCACAGAUCAACUUUGGAAACUGCCAUUCUCCUGGGAGGAUUGCCAAGAUCCUUUCCAAGGUGGUUGGAAAGGAGGUUCACGAGAAUCCAGAGAAUGUUGCAAACGGAGAGAACUUUACUGGAAUUGUCGUUUUCCAGAAGCCGCUGGUCAUUGAUAAGAUGGAGAGAUUCCAGAACCUGGCAAAGUUUGCACUUAUGGAUAGCAAUGGAGUAGUGGGGAUUGGAAACGUCAUGGAGCCCCUCACCCGCGACCAGCUCCUCAAAGACUAUGGAAUCGACCUGAACGAGGAUCCUAAGGCAGCAAAAAAGGCGGCCUCCAAGAAGAAGGCAUGA